UCUAUAUAAAUACAACACUAACCACUCGCUUAUUUUCCAUCUCUUCUUCACUUCCUGUUGCUUGCUUCUCUUAUAAGUAAUACUACUGAAACUGAAAGAAAGUUAUCUGUUGUUCGAUUUGAGUUGAUUUCAAAUGGAGUUUAAGAGAUUUUAUGGCUGUUUGUUUCUUAUGUUGUUGGGUUUGGUUAGCUCUUCUCAGGGUUACAAGUUCUAUGUUGGUGGCAAAGAUGGGUGGGUUUUAAAUCCCUCCGAGAAUUACAAUCACUGGGCCGAAAGAAUGAGGUUUCAAGUCAAUGAUACUCUUUAUUUUAAGUACAACAAAGAAUCAAACUCUGUGUUGGUGGUAAACAAUCAUGAUUACUACUCUUGCAACACAAAAAACCCAAUACAAUCCUUAUCAGAUGGGGACUCAAUCUUCCACCUCAAUCGCUCUGGUCCAUACUACUUCAUCAGUGGCAAUGCUGCUGACAACUGCAAAAAAGGCCAAAAGGUUAUCAUUGUUGUUAUGGCUGUGAGACACCACCACCGCCAUGCUCCUCCGUCUCCUUCUCCAGCGGCAGCCCCACCUCUAUCUCCUGCGCCUCAUCCUACUUUGUCACCUCCAGAGGUGUCUCCAACUCCGCUGUCUACUCCUGCAGAGCCACCAAAGUCUGGUGGGUCAGUGGGUUUAGCUAGUUCUGUUGGAUCACUUUUGGGAUUUAGUGUUGUAGCAAGUGUGGUUUUGGGUAGCUUAAUGGGGGUGUUUUAAUUUUUUGUGAACAUGGAGAUUAUUAGUUCAUGAUCGAACCGUUCAUUAUUGAAGUUGAGAAUGGGAACGGGAUGGUUUGUAAGUGUAUUGUUCUUUGUCAAUUUUAUGAUUUGAGUAAACUGAGUUUAGCCUUUUAAUCCAUUUUAUAAAAAAAUAGUUAAUGGUAUUUUUUCU